GGAAUAGCGAUUUUAAGGAAUAGAGAUUUUGUAUGGGAGCCGGAAGAUGAUGAGGCAGGGUUUGAAAAUGCAAAGACAGCUGUGCCUGGAGAGGGAAGGUAUGGGAAAAAAAUUUUUGUGUAAAAAUUUUAAAAUUUCUCAAAAAUUUUUCAGUGGAGCUACAAAGACUGCAGCAGCACCAGAUGCAAAAGAAUCGUCUGUAGAGGACAAGGAAGGAAGAGGAGGAGGGGCAAAGACAGCAAUUAGUGGUGAUGAUACAACUGGAGAGACAAAAACUGAUGAAGAAAAGAAGGAAAAUGAAGAAGAGAAGAAAGAAGGAAAGGAAGAAGCAGCCGAGGGAGAGGAAGGCUCGGAAGAAUAAAAGAAUUUGUAGAAGUAAUGGAAGAUGUUGAGAGAAUAGAUGUAAAAAACGAAUAUUUGUAAAUUGUUAAA